GGACUUGGAUGGAAAAAGGAAUAUGGGCAAUAUCGCAUUUGAUGGAUAAUUUUGGUAAUUUGUUAUAUUAUAGUGAUUGAAGCCCAGUAGAAACCAUCACAGAAAUUCUAAUGGUUUCCAUUAAAAUACCAUUAUAAACCAUUAGCUUUUUCCAGUAAAACCAUUACAAAAUUCAUUUUUGUAGUGUGUUUUGGGCAUUUUUACAAUAGGAUUUAACUUCCCACCAAUAGAAUCCAUCACAUACCAGUAGACACCAUUAUAGUUUCCAUUAAAACCAAUACAAUUCCCAUAAUAACCAUUAAAACCAUUACAUUUUCUAUUGUGUUUUGGGCAGGGUUCUAUUGUUUUUUUCAGCAGGGUUGUGUGAUAAAUUUAAUCUACAAUGCUCAAUUAGAGAAUACAACAAAGUAAUGAAGGCCAUCCUGGCACCCCUGAAAACAACGAUUCAGCAGUUUGUUUUGUACUCUAGUACUAUACCAGAAAUGAGAUCACUCUGUAUUGAAGGUACAAAUUUAAAGAGCAAACAGUUUACAAAUAAGUUUAUUAGAAAGGUAUUAUCCAAAGUGUACUUCCCCAGUCAACUUAAAAGAAAAUAUGUUCUUCAAGAAUUUAGUGAAGAAGAGGCAAAGAAAAUAAGAAGCGAUAUUUAGCAUAUCCAAUACUUCCUAAGGCCAAAGAAGUGACAUUCAAAAUUCUAAAUGAUAUUUAUCCAUCUAAUAACUUUUUGCAUGAAAAAUUUAAUUGGGAGAAUAAUUCAUGCGGGUUUUGUGAGAAGGACAUUGAAACUGUAGAACAUGUGAACUUGUACAGAAUUUUUGGCUUGAAUUUCAAAACUGGUUUCAUUCUAAACAUAUAUCAAUACACCCUUUGUCUGUGGUCUCAAUUAAAGUUGGAGUACUGUUGAAAGAUAAGAACCUAGACUUUUUGAUAAAUAACUUAAUUAUUUUAUCCAAUCACUUUAUUCACAGAUAUAAAUAUUUAAAAACUAAGCCUCACUUAAGCGGAUGGAAGAAUGAACUGAAGAUAUUUGCUAAGUCUCUUUAUUACAUGAAGGACAGAAACGCCCAGAAACUCGUUUUUGUUGAUAGAAUGAGACCCAUACCCUUCUUUUUUCCUUCAAAUUACUGUAUCAACACUAAUAACUUGUGUUUAGUUGUUGAAAUGUGCCGUUAAAGUUUGUAUUUGAAUUGUAUGCAUUAAUAAAAAUUUUUUUUUAAAAGCUAGAGGAAGGAGAUACAAAAAAAAAAAAAAAAAGCGGAAGAGAAGAAAAUGUUGAAUAAAGCCGUUAUUUAAUUUUUUUUAUAAAAAAAUUUUGCUUUAUACAAUUCUGAUUGAAACACUGAUGUCACAUGGACUACUUUGACGAUGUUUUUGGUACGUUUCUGGGUCUUAAACGUGUAAGGACCCUUGCUGUCUAUGGAAGGACAAAGACUAUAGAAAUUAGUGAUGGGUCAUUCUUGAACGAUUCGUUCAGUCGCACAUGCGCAACAUCCUAUAGGUUCUGCACUGAAUUAGUUCACCUGUUUCGAGUCUUCGGGUUUGAGUCGUUCGUUCAUCACGUGACAGCCUCAUAAGCUAAACCUAUGCAGUCUGAGGGAAAAAGACUUAAUAAUAAUAAUAAUAACCAACUCUUUAGUUUAUUACAUUUGUUACCACAUUCAGUGUUAUGGAAAAGAACCAUCAUGACAGAAAUUCACACAUUUAUAAACUGUAAUAAAUAAAAAGCUACAAUUCGAGACCAGAAACGCAUCAUGUAACUGUAAGAGUAAAUAAUAAUAAUAAUAAUAAUACCUAUGCACCCGUUUGUAAGCAAAGUUGUAAAUUAAUUUAUUUAUCUAUCCAAUGCUGUCACGUCACGUGACAAAAGAACGAACGACUCGAAAGACUCGAGAGAUGAACUAAUCAAUUCUCUUUCCGGCUCAGACUGCAUUGAUUAAGUUAAUGAGGCUGAGGAUGAGGAUGAACGAACGACUCAAACCCGAAGACUUGUCAGAUAAGAGGUGAGGUGAGCUAUUCAUAGACUAAAGACCCAGGUAAACAAUGAAUUAAUCUUUUCUGUUUCUUAUACCAUUAUAGUUUUGUAUUGUCUGUAGUGUGAUCAACGUUUGCAUACGUAGUAGAUGUGUUAGGGAAGUAGUACGUAACAGCAUGGAGCAGCCGAUGCGCAUGCACAGCAGUGUUGCCAACUUAGCAAUUUUGUUGCUAAAUUUAGUAACUUUUUACACUACCCUAGCAACUGUUUCUUCCAAAAGCACCUAGCAACAAAUUUAGCAAUUUUUAAAAUGGUCCCACUUUAUAUUAGGUGCCCUUAACUACUUUACAUUUAAAUUAAUCAUUUGAUGUUCUUACAUUGUACUUAUAUUGUUAAUAAUACCUUUAUGUAAUUACAUUCCAUAAAUACACAUACCACUUAACCUGUCGCUAACCUUACCCAUAUCCCACCUCAGUAGUAGCAGUUUUGUAUUGUUUUGCAAUACAAUAUGAACACAAUAAGUACAUUGUACGUAUUUUUCGAUGUAAGUACAUAGUAAUUAAGGCCACCUAAUGUAAAUUGUGACCUUUAAAAUUUAUUUGGCAACUUUUAGCAACUUUUGAUAAGUGACUCAGACAAUAAAACACACAUUUUCCAUCCAAAUUCCACAAAAAGAGGAAACCAAAGAUGCCUAGCACUACACACAUCAUGUGAAUUGAGUUAGCUGCUAUUUGCAAUUGUUCAAUUCAAUGAUAAUAAUAAUUUAAUAAUUGUUCGUUUAUGAUACACUUUGUUAGUAGCUUGUACCUGCGAUUGUUGAUCAGUUAGUACACUCUAAGAAAAACAGAAAAGAUACUGGUAAUUUUCCAGGACAUUAUCCAUUAUAACCCAGUAAACAUUAUAACCCAGAGUGUAACAUACUAACUAACUACUAAUACACUGCUUAAAGCAUAAUUGUUGAGAAUGUGUAGUAUUACUAGUUUACUAGCUGUUCAAUAAUUCAGUGUCUUUAAAAUACAGUUAUUUACAUUUAGUUAUUUAGCAGACGCUUUUAUCCAAAGCGACUUACAAAUGAGGACAAUAGAAGCAAUCAUAACCAACAAAAGAGCAAUGAUAUGCAAACGCUAUGGCAAGUCUUGGUUAGCCUAGCGCAGUGCACGUAGGAAGUGUUUUUUUGUUUUUAUAAAGAAAAGGGUCAGAUAGAUAAAAUAGAAUUAGAAUAGAGAGAGCUAGUGUUUGGAAGAGAUGUUAAGAUGGAUAAGGACGCAAAAUUGUGUCACAACAUCAAAUCUCAGCAAAAAAUAUAUUUUAUAUGUUAAUUAAUUAAAUUAAUUUUAUUUAUAUUUUAAUAUUAUAUUAUGCAUAUUAUUUUACAAACAAAUCUAAAUUAACAUAUAUAAAAUAUUUGAUGUUGUGACACAAUUUUGUGUCGUAAUUACGCAAUGACGUCAUUGCGCAAUGACAUCAUAACGUCAUUUAGCGACUUUUAGCAACAAAUCGACCUUCCUUUAGCAACUUUCUCUGAAAAUUAGUUGGCAACACUGAUGCACAGUCAUAAGCGCGUUGGAGCUACGCAUGCGCAUUGGCUGGUCUAGCCUGAAAAAUAAGCUUUUUGAGCAUAACAUUCAUGGGGCAGUUCAUUUCAGAUUUUAUUGCUGAUUUUAAAUAUGUAAUUUAAUCGCGAGUUCAGCGAGCAGUUUUUUGAGAUUUCAGGAUUCCCCCAUUCAUUUAGAUAGGACUUGGUCUUGUCUAAGCUGCCCAGAGGCGUUGCAAAUAUGGCGGCCGAGUGAAUGGACUUUCCUUGAAAGGGACUUUGGGGAGGAUCAGAAAGCUCUCGGAUUAAAUCCAAAAUAUCUUAAUUUGUGCUCCGAAGAUGAGCGAAGGCCUUACGGGUUUGGAACGACAUGAGGGUUGGAGCUAAACUCUGCAGGAGGGUGGCCCUCCAGGAACAGGAUUGGAUACCCCUGACUUCUGAAAGAGAAAGAACUCUUCCUCCAGCUUUGGUCCAACUCUCACAGAUCCAAGAAUGGCAGUUACACCGAAUAGGACUUCAAAAAAUCCCACGGUUCAUCUCAAGCUUUGAAAGCCUCAUAGUCUUGGACUUGUCUCGUAAUUCAGUAACUGAGAUUCCCAAAGAGAUUGGCAAACUAACUCGGUUACGAGAGCUAUUGUUGAGCUAUAACAGAGUAAGCCAUGUACCAGAAGAACUUGGCUGUUGUGAAAAUCUGGAGAAACUGGAACUUGCAAUGAACGAAGAUCUGGAUGAGCUGCCUACUCAGUUUAGCAAUCUAAAGAAGCUAUAUCACUUGGACCUCUCCAUGAACCAAUUCACCACCAUUCCAGAUUGUGUGGUCAACCUUCCUUCUCUAGAGUGGCUAGACAUGGGCAGCAACAGGUUGGAAAGUUUGCCAGAAGAUAUUCACAGAAUGGAGAAACUUCACACCCUGUGGCUCCCAAGAAAUGAACUAGAGUACCUGCCAGACAAUAUCAGUCGCAUGCAAAGUCUGGACACACUAGUUCUGAGCAAAAAUAAACUACGAGACAUUCCUCCACUUAUGGAGGGCAUGAGUAACCUCAGGUUCGUGAAUUUCCGAGACAAUCCUUUGACAUACGAUGUGAUGCUUCCUGAUUUAAAAGAGGACGUAGAGGAAGAAGAGAACGACAGGGAGAUGUUUGGUCGUGACUUCAUGCACUUCUAUAUCCAAGAGGCCCGGAAAAGAGGAUCCCAAACUUUCACAUCAGUGCUAAAUGUGACGUUGGAUGGCGUGUCAGAGACAGCAUCGUCUUUGUGACUUGCAUGCUGGCUUCUGUCUGCUCGUCCGCCAUUAGGCUUGAUCUUCCGG